CUGCGCGCCCGGGAUCGUCGCCCCAGCCGCUUUCUCUUAGGCGCGCGUGCUCCCCGCCCUCCCGCCCCCGGACGCCCCGCCCCCGCGCGCAAUUUGAAGACUGGAUUCCGGUCUCGAUGGGCACGUCAUGGGUUCCGCCAGCUGCUGAAGGCCGAGGGGUUUCCGCCUACUGCGCGGGUUUCUGGAGAAAUCUUACAUGGGAUAAGAUUUAGCCUCCCCAUACUUCUGAACCAAUGAAGAGAAAAUGGGAAGCAAAACUGCAGCGAAUUGAAGAACGAGCAUCUCACUAUGAGAGGAAACCAUUGUUCUCAGUGUACAGACCCAGGUUGUCCCAGCCAGAAGAACCACCCUCCAUUUGGAAACUAUUUCCUCGGCAAACUCAAGCUUUUAAUUUUGUUAAAAACUGUAAAGAGGAUGUUCAUGUAUUUGCUUUGGAAUGCAAAGUGGGCAGUGGACAACGUAUUUACCUUGUAACAACGUAUGUUCAACUUUGGUUUUAUUAUAAAUCCCGAAAAAAUCUCUUACACUGCUAUGAAGUCAUUCCUGAAAAUGCUGUGUGCAAGCUCUAUUUUGAUUUGGAAUUUAAUAAAGUUGCCAAUCCAGAAGCUGAUGGAAAAAUGAUGGUUGCAUUACUCAUUGAGCAUGUUUGUAAAUCACUUCAAGAGUUAUAUGGGGUUAAUUGUUCAGCUGAAGAUGUUCUCAACUUGGAUUCUAGCACUGAUGAAAAAUUUAGCCGCCAUUUAAUAUUUCAACUCCAUGAUGUGGCAUUUAAAGAUAACAUUCAUGUUGGAAAUUUUGUGAGAAAAAUUUUGCAGCCUGCUUUUCAAUUAAUUGCCAAUGAAGAUGAUGAUGGGAUUCCAGAGACAACAGGGCAUGGAUUUUCCCAUUUUUCUGAAACACCAAUUGAACAAGGAAUUUCCUUCAGUAAAAUGUCCACAGAUAAGGAUAUAGGAGAGAGCUGGACAUUGAAUUCAAAGAAACCAGAGAGGCUGGGAUCAGCUGAGCAAAGCAGUCGCGAUCUUUCAUUUUUAGUUGUGAAGAACACCACAGGGGAAAAGCAUCUUUUUGUCGAUCUAGGAGUUUAUACAAGAAAUAGAAACUUUCGGCUAUAUAAAUCAUCAAAAAUAGGAAAGAUCGUGGCUUUGGAGGUCGCUGAAGAUAACAAAUUUUCUCUUACACAGUCAAAUAUUUCGAAGGAAAAUCAGUAUUUCCUCUCUUCUUUGAUCAGCAAUGUCAGAUUCUCAGAUACUUUACGAAUUCUUACAUCUGACACAUCCCAGAAUAAACAAAAACAAGUUGAAUAUUUUAAUAGUACCAGCACUUCAGUAGAAAACAUUGAAGGUUUUCAGGAUUCACCCUACCCUGAAAUUGAUAAAUUUGUCCUUUCUUUGGUGAAUAAAAAUGGCAUUAAAGGAGGAAUUCGGCGUUGGAAUUACUUUUUCCCAGAAGAAUUAUUGGUUUAUGACAUUUGUAAAUAUCGCUGGUGUAGAAACAUUGGAAGAGCCCAUAAGAGUAACAAUAUCAUGAUUGUGAUUGAUCUGAAAAAUGAAGUUUGGUAUCAGAAAUGUCAUGACCCUGUAUGUAAAGCACAAAACUUCAAAUCUGACCGUUUUCCAUUACCUGCUGAAGUGUGUUUCCUGUUUCUUCUCAAAGAGGAAGAAUUUCUAGAAAAAUGUCAAGAGGAAGAAGAGUUUACAACAGACCAAACAAGGAACAAUGAAACCAAGAAUCCUCAUAAGCUAUCUAGUACCUCGUCAAAAGGUAGUUUUCAUAGAAAUGAAAAUUAAAAAGCUGUCAGACUUUACCACCCACAAGACAGAAGAUAAUGUAUCACAUCACUAUGUGUUCAAGCUAUGACGGGGCACGUGCUGUCAGGGGGGAGUAACGGGAUGAACCACCGUUUGGUGCUAGAUUUCUGGUUUAGGAAAAGAGGUGAGACAUACUUCAGUAUAUGUGAAGCAAGAAGAACACGGACUACAAUGGAAGCACAAAAGGCACCAAGGGCACACAGAGAACAAGCUCGCAGGAAGAGUAGUGUACUCCACACAAGGUACAGUCUCUGAAUCUCAGGUUUCACCCAAGUUAUUACGUUCAAUUUAAAUUAGUGCUAUUAAUUUCUCCAAAUAACAAGCUUUGGACUAGCUGGGUACUGUCACAGGAAACACGUAAUUUUAAAACAUUCUAUUUCCAGAUCUCUAUAAUCUAUGAACAAACCUUAGGCUCAGGAAAAUUAACUUUUAGAUUAGUGUCAAAACCUUAAAAUUGAAUUUAGAAGUGAAGAACACAAGAUGUGAUCAUAAUCUAUAUGUAUAUAUUUUUUUUCUGUACCUUAAACAUUUCUGGUUUUCACAACAGUAGCAAAGUCUGCAGCAAAAAUCCAGAAGACACUAUAGAAUUAAAACAAUACGUACUUUCUCCUAUACUUUUUUGUUUCUCAGCUUCUAAAAUCACACCUACCAUUUUAUAGAUGACUUGUUUUUUAGAGAAAAGAUACUAGACAUGCGGUGAACAAAAGGCUGGUCUUUAAAACAUGUUUGAGUAAUCUUAUGUUGAUGACAAUUAUAAUAAAGCAAAGCACACUUCAGAUUUGUACACAAAGGAUACACUUCCCUUAGUGAGAUUCAGUUUUCCGUAGCAUAAAUACCUUCAUAAAAAAAAGUGUUUCUGGAUUUUUCUCUACUCCUCUAGCCUUAAGUAGCUAAAGAAGGGAUGAUGUAACAAGUUUUCACCAAUUUAGAGUGAUGCUGUUUUGCGUAGACUGUAAUGUUGUAUCUACAUUUCUCUUUGCUCAAAGCUUCUGGUACUCUAGCAUGAAAAGCCCUAUAGCUUCUGGAGCACAGUAAAAAGUAAAAAUUGAACU